CCGCGGCGCGGCUCUGGCCGCCGGCCUUCCUGCCGUUCUGCUUCAGUUUGGGCACGAUGGGCGGAGCCCCGCUGGCCUGGCUCAGCCAAUCAUGGACCAGGCUGCACCUGUCGCUGGCUCUGCCUCAGUUCAUCUGUCUGCCUCUCUACCUCUCCAUCCCAGAGUCACCUCGCUGGCUGUUGUUGAAAAGAAGAAUGGAUAUUUUGGAGCGUUACCGCAGCAACAGCCCCGCAGAUAAACAGUGUCUGGACUUGCUGUUGGAGACAGCAGUGAAGGAGCCAGUGGCGGCGCCAGCAGGCCACGCCCCCUCUGACAUCAUCCACCUGAGACAUCCGACCGUCCUGCUGCGCCUCUUCAUCAUGAGCUACCUGAGCGCGGCCUCGGCUCUGACCUACUUCGGUAUCUGUAUGAACAUCGGCUCGUUUGGCGUUGGUGUCCAUGCCGCCCAGUUCUUCUCCGGCCUAUCAGAAGCCCCCUGCCUGCUCGUCCCAUUGGUCCGCCUGGGGCGCCGGCCAAUCAGCAUGCUGGCUCUGUUCCUGAGCGGAGCCGCCUGCUUCCUGUCGCUGCUGCUGUCCAGAUACUACGGUGAGCCGGUGCUGGUGAUGAGUCUGGCUCUGUUGGGGAAACUCUGCAUCCUCGCCGCCACGUUUAUCUCCGUCCUCUACAGCAUCGAGUUGUUCCCCACCGUCGUCAGGCAGCGGUGUGUGUCCCUGGUUAACCUGUGUUACCGGCUUGGCUGCUUGGCCAACUCCCUUGUCCCAUCCAACCCAAACGGGGCGAUCUCAUUGGCUGCCAUGGUGGUUUACAGCAGCGGACCAAUCGUAGGCUGCGGUCUGUGCCUGCUGCUGCCGGAGACCAGCGGCGUGCCUCUCCCUGAUUCGGUAGAGGACUGUGACCGGCAGCCGCGGCCCCGCCUACCCAGCAUCGGCGCCCUCUGCAGGAAACGGAGGCCCGUGUGCAGGGUAACCAGGGUAACCGAGCCCCUCCCUACAGAGAAAGACGACACGUUGUCUGGACUCUUUGAACCCUAAUGAAGAGGUUUUUUUUUUGUAACUUGUGAAUUUAAACGAGAGACCAAAAAGAAGAAGAAGAAGAAGAAGAAGAGAGGGAGGGAAAGAGCUCUCGGUCAGACGGAUGAAGAGUGAGACACAGAGACACACACAGAGACACACACACAGACACACACACAGAGACACACACACAGAGACACA